UCUUUAUACUCAAUUGGCCGCGAAACAAGAUCGUUUGUCCACACGAGGCUUAGAUCAGGCAAUUGACGCCUUUCUUCGAGCCGCUGGUACUUUUCGUUAUAUAUACGAAAAUUUUACCAAUGCACCGAGUAUGGAUCUUGGACCGGAUAUGCUGGAGAUGCUUGUUCAACUGAUGUUGGCCCAAGCGAGAGAAUGUUUGUUCGAAAAAUUAGAACUUCAAUCAAAGGAUGGAAGGAGUAUUGAUGUUUCAUUGGAUCUUGCGCAGGAAGCGUCACAGAUUCCCGAACCAUUUUAUCUGCGUACGGUCAUCAAUUGCCUAGGUUGCGGCUGUCUACAGCGACGUCCAUGGAUUGAUCUCGCGCGAACCAGUCCGUGACUACGUUCCAGAAACCUGGAUUUCAUUGAUCUUGGUAAAACGCGAACAUCACAUGGCUCUUGCACAUAAGCAUCUUGCACUUGGAUUGUUCGAUCGAUCAAUUUCCGAAUGGAGAACGGAAACUAAAUUAGCGCUCGAACAUAUACAAAAGAGUGAUGGCAAAACGCAACUGGAUAUAAUCGUGCCACGAGAGGAAAAUGAAAGGAAGUUAUUAGCGAAAGCACAUCUCAGGGAAGCUUUGGUUUUACAUGAAGAAAGUCAGAGAUUGCAAAGAAUGUGUAGAGACUUGAAAGCAAAGCAGGCGCUUGCCAAAGUUUUGAAGAGGAUACAAGAGUCAACAGUAGAGGAUUAUAAUGGAAUUAAAAACGAAGAUGAUUUUCGAGAAUUGGAUCCACCGGAUAUUAUAGCAUCCACAAAGUUUCAAUUGAGCAUAACUCAUCCGGAUUUUGGACAACAUGGAGUUGAAGAUCUUUUCAAAUCAUUAGGUCCAGUUGCCAUAUUUUCGGCAAAAAGACAUUGGACUGCACCACGAUUAAUACAGCUUCAAAGAGGACCUGAAGGCGAAGGAUUCGGUUUUAGCGUUCGAGGAGAUUCUCCUGUAAUAAUAGCUGCAGUUGAUCACAAUUCUUUGGCUGAUUUGGGUGGUAUGAAGGAAGGUGAUUUUAUAGUAGGAAUUGGUGAUAAAGAUGUAAAAUGGUCGUCUCAUGAACAAGUGGUUCGAUUGAUCAAGCAAUCUGGCGAUUUUAUCAAUUUAAAAUUGGUCACACCUAUGGAUAGAAAUUAUUUAAAGAAACCAGGUAAAAUUAACCAGCAGGAUAAAGGAAGUGUUUCAGCGAGUAGUUCUUCCGGAAUUUCUUCUGGUCAACCAAGUCCUGCUGGUUCCGUUACUACUGCUCAUGUAACUAAGAAACUGCCGUGGAAUCCAUUUAAAAAAUCAGCCACGCAACGUGACAGCAGGGACCUGACAUUUGAUAAUGUAAUUCUCAGAUGAUUCUUUAGACAUCAUGGUAUAUGGCUGUUGUAAUUGGAAUUUUCGAACAAACUUUGAAAAUAAUAUGAAAAUAUUUAAUAUUCAUGUUUUAAGUUUCGACUGUUAUUGAUAAUUCUAUUACGAUUGAUUUUCAAUAUUGCAAUUCUCACGUUAUGAAAUCCGUAUCUAUCUCAAUUAUGAUUCUUCCUAUCAAACUCAACAAAUACACAUAAUAUAUAUAAACAUACAAUUGUAAAGAUAUUGUAUAUGAACAAAAAUUUAUCGUUUUAUCAUAUCAAAAUAUAAUAAUAUUCAAACAAACAGUAAAAAUAUUGAACAGCAAAAAAUGAAUACAAAUGUAUGCACGUAUGUUAUAUACCAAUUAUAUUUUGUUCACAUAAAAAAA